UCCGAAACGUUUCUUCUUCCUUCACCCCCAGCCAAAUCCAAUCAUGGCUCGACCCCAACAACGCUAUCGAGGUGUCCGCCAGAGGCAUUGGGGCUCCUGGGUCUCCGAAAUCCGCCACCCUCUUCUGAAGACAAGAAUAUGGCUGGGGACGUUCGAAACUGCGGAAGAUGCAGCUAGAGCGUACGACGAAGCAGCGAGGCUUAUGUGUGGAACAAAGGCAAGAACUAAUUUUCCGUUUAAUCCCAAUGAGCCACAGUCGUCUUCUUCCAAGUAUCUCUCUGCAACUUUGACGGCGAAGCUUCACAAGUGCCACAUGGCUUCGCUCUCACUUCAAAUGGCCAAUAAGCAGAAACAGCCACAGCAACAAGAACCACCUCAGAGGCCUAACUAUAACCACCAUAACUACCCAUGUGCCUCCAGCAAUGGCAUUGUCGGAACGAGUUCCGACGCGGGAUUCCGGUGGCCGGAGAUGAGACCUGAGGAAUCCCAAUGGGUGGUAGAAGGCCAGGGAGAAGAAGUUGGGCCAGUACUUGAAGAUGAUCACAUAGAGCAAAUGAUUCAGGAGUUGCUUCAUUAUGGCUCCGUCGAGCUCUGCUCUCUUGGCUCAGCCUAGCCUAGCCUCCAAAAUUAUGCUUUUUCCUUCUUCCAAGACAUUAAAUUUAGGUAUAAUCAUUUGAAGGGGUUGCCAUCAGUUCUCCAAAAGACCAAAAAAAUUAAAAAAGCAUAAUGUAUAAACAAAAUUAUUUAUAAAUCCAAUAACAUGAUCUUAAGCCAUUAAAAAAGGAAAAAACCCCUUCUUGUAUUGGAGAGACUGAUCACAACCACUUCAAACUAUGCCUAAAUUUUGUUAGUCUCAAAGCUCAUUAGCCAUAUAUAUAAAACCUCUCUUCACCAUAUAUAUAUAUAUAUGUAAUAAGACCUGAGUCUAUUUUGUUACUUCCUUAGUCACUUGAUAAAUCUAAUAUUUAGUAGAGAACCCAAGUCAUGCAUUAUGAAGAUGAUGAGUUGUAAUAUAAGUUUAUCGGCAUAUAAAGAUUAUAUAUUUUGUUCAGCUUCCA